AUGACGAUACCACGACUGGAGUUAAGUGGUGCAUUGCUCCUUGCAUCAUGGUUGGCCAGGCUCAAGCGCAUUUUGGAGUUCCAGUUGGGAAUUUCUGAUGUCUUCGCGUGGUCUGAUUCGUCCAUAGUUUUAUCGUGGUUGAACAUCCCGCAUACAUCGUUCAAGACGUUCGUGUCGAACCGGAUAUUUCAGAUCCAGUCCACAGUACCUGGUUGCCGCUGGCAACAUGUGCGUUCCGAGGAUAAUCCGGCUGACUGCGCGUCUCGAGGUCUCCUCCCUGACGAGCUUAGGCGAUGCAAGCUCUAUUGGUGGGGUCCGACCUUCUUGCAAUCUCCAGUCGAAGAUUGGUCUCAGGAAAUCCCACAAUUACAAUUGGAAGAGUUGCCGGAAGUAAAACCAGUGUGUUUAUUGGCUCGUGAAGAUCCUCCGGUCGAAUGGUUUAUUCGGUUCUCCUCCUUUCAUCAGAUGGUCCGCGUAGUAGCUCAGGUACGUCGGUUCAUUCGGUUGUGUCAAAAGAGAAAGGUUGAGUUAGGGUUUUUGAAACAAUCUGAAUUGGAUGAGGCUAUACUCGUGAUCGUUAGGAGCGCUCAGGAAUGCUAUUUGAGUCAGCUAGUAGGUGGCCUGCGUCGGGGGAGCCCGGUCCAGUCCAAAGCGCUUUCCCGUCUGUGCCCGUUUUUAGAUUCAGACGGUAUAAUCCGCGUUGGCGGACGGAUGCAGAACUCCAUUUGGUCGGAGAGAAGAAAGCAUCCUUUGCUAGUCCCGAAAGAGUCUCACUUAGCGGUUCUGAUUACACGUCAUUGGCAUCUGUAUGCAUGUCACGCUCGACCGAGGUUGCUCAUCGCUCUCGUUCAGCAGCGAUUCUGGGUCAUUGGCAUUCGCCUUAUAGUUCAUCGGGUGAUUCGCAAAUGCGUGUUAUGUGUAAAAAUGUCGGCUAAUCAUCCACAACCCAUCAUGGCUGCUCUGCCAGGGUUCCGGGUCCGAGAAGCUCAUCCGUUUUCGAUAGUCGGCAUAGAUUACGCAGGUCCCUUGCAGAUGAAGGAACUCAGUCUGCGAAAGGCGCGCAUCGUAAAGGUUUAUAUUGCGGUUUUUGUUUGUAUGACCACCAAAGCGGUGCACCUAGAACCAGUGACUGCUCUGUCGACUGAGGCCUUCUUGUUGACUUUAGAUAGAUUCGUUGCUCGCCGUGGCCUACCGUCGUCCAUCUAUUCUUAUUGUGGCACCAAUUUCGUUGGUGCGGCGAGGCAGCUGCGUCUUUUGAUCAACAAUCCGGAUAGUAGAGAUCAGUUGUCAGGUCAUAUUGCGUGCGAAUGGCAUUUCAACCCUCCUGGUGCUCCCCAUUUUGGAGGCUUUUGGGAAGCUGCCGUUAAGUCGGCGAAGUCAUUGCUUGUUCGUGCAAUGGAUUCCCAAAUUUGGACCUUGGAAGAGUUCACAACGGUGUUGUGUAGGGUAGAGGCUGCCUUGAAUUCGCGCCCCCUAGUACCGGCUUCAUCUGACCCAAAUGAUUUAGAAGGUUUAACGCCCGGUCAUUUUUUGAUUGGUCGUCCUCUGUUGUCUAUUCCAGAACCUGUUAGUGCCAGUGCACAAGUGGGACUGCAGACUCGCUGGAAGCUCCUCCAGCAGUCUUUCCAGUUCUUUUGGCGACGUUGGUCUCGAGAGUAUUUGAACACUCUCCAAGCUCGUGGUAGGUGGACGAAGACUGAUACCAAUCUCGAAGUUGGUACUAUGGUUAUCGUCAAGGUUAAUGACGCGCCCCCGCUAUCGUGGCCAUUAGGUAGAAUCAUUGAGGUGUAUCCAGGAACCGAUAAGGUGGUACGGGUAGCUAAGGUUAUGACCAAACAAGGGGUGUUUACUAGACCGGUGGUGAAACUAGUACCUCUCCCCACAGAUCCAUAG